GAUAGAUGCAGCUUUCAUCUUUCUUUAUUUUUUCCUUAAACUAGCUUUCAUCUCUUGCAAAUUGUUAAAUAAAGAUUCAGUUUAUUUUUGUUAGUUUAAGAGUUUCAUUUUCUUUGAACAAAUACAGAUUCUCCCUAAUCUGAAGAUUCUUUCUAUAAACAAGUGCUCGAAGAAUCUUUCAACUAUCACUCCCUACAUAUUUCAGGAGAAACAUAACUACUUUUCCAUUCACAACAACAUAAAGUGCGAAGAAGAAGAAAGAAGAUAUGGCCACUUGUCCUCCAUUCGACUUCUCGGCGAAAUAUUACAACAGUGGCGGAAGCGUAUGCGAGAGGCGGAGCAGCUUCUUCGGAGAUACGACGGUGCUCGACCAAGGCGUUGGGUACGCCGUCAUUCUCGGUUUUGGUGCUUUCUUUGCCGUCUUCACAUCUGUUUUGGUUUGGUUAGAGAAACGAUAUGUGGGGGCUCAACAUACCUCUGAAUGGUUCAACACAGCUGGAAGAAACGUCAAGACAGGACUCAUUGCGAGUGUCAUUGUGUCACAAUGGACAUGGGCUGCGACAAUACUGCAAAGUUCAAACGUCGCAUGGCAGUAUGGUGUUAGCGGACCGUUUUGGUACGCUAGUGGGGCCACAAUACAGGUACUCUUGUUUGGUGUGAUGGCGAUUGAAAUAAAAAGAAAAGCUCCUCAUGCUCACACGGUCUGCGAAAUAGUGAAGGCUCGAUGGGGAACCGCAACACAUAUAGUUUUCUUGGUGUUUUGUCUAGCGACAAACGUGGUAGUGACGGCUAUGCUAUUGCUCGGUGGCUCGGCCGUGGUGAAUGCUCUCACCGGAGUGAAUAUAUACGCUGCAAGCUUUCUGAUUCCUCUCGGGGUCAUUGUUUAUACUUUGGCAGGAGGACUUAAAGCUACUUUCCUCGCAAGCUAUGUUCACUCUGUCAUAGUUCACGUGGUUUUAGUCGUCUUUGUGUUUCUGGUCUACACAUCGAGUAGUGAGCUUGGGAGUCCAUCUGUGGUCUAUGACCGGCUAAGAGAUAUGGCCGCUAAGUCAAGGACAUGCAUUGAACCACUCUCACACCAGGAUCAAGCUUGUGGUCCUGUUGACGGCAACUACAAAGGCUCUUAUCUCACCAUGUUGAGCUCUGGUGGUGCUGUGUUCGGUAUCAUCAACAUUGUAGGAAACUUCGGCACUGUCUUUGUCGACAAUGGUUACUGGGUGAGUGCAAUAGCUGCUCGACCUUCAUCAACCCACAAGGGGUAUUUGCUUGGUGGACUCGUGUGGUUUGCUGUGCCUUUCUCUCUAGCCACCUCCUUAGGCCUCGGCGCACUUGCCCUCGACUUGCCUAUAAGCGCAGAUGAGGCUAAUCGAGGUCUAGUCCCGCCUGCUACUGCCAUUGCUCUCAUGGGUAAAUCAGGAUCCUUGCUUCUUCUCACUAUGCUUUUCAUGGCUGUAACAUCGGCUGGUUCUUCCGAGCUGAUCGCUGUGUCAUCGCUCUUCACCUACGACAUCUACCGAACAUACAUAAACCCUAGAGCAACCGGAAAGCAGAUCUUGAGAGUCUCAAGAUCCGCGGUUCUUGGAUUUGGAUGUUUCAUGGGGAUUCUUGCAGUGAUCUUGAACAAAGCCGGGGUUUCGCUCGGAUGGAUGUAUCUCGCGAUGGGAGUUCUCAUUGGCUCUGCCGUUAUUCCCAUUGCUUUCAUGCUUCUGUGGAGUAAAGCUAAUGCCUUUGGUGCGAUUCUGGGGUCGAUCUCUGGCUGUGUUCUUGGGAUUGUUACUUGGUUAUCAACCGCAAAGAUUCAAUACGGACGUGUUGAUCUUGAUACCACAGGGAGAAAUGCACCCAUGCUUGCUGGUAACCUCGUUGCUAUUCUAACAGGAGGGUUGAUCCAUGCGGUGUGUAGUCUAGUACAGCCACAGAACUACGAUUGGUCGACGACGAAGGAAAUCAAAGUGGUGGAAGCUGAGGCUCCAGGGAACGAUAUCGAUGUUCCUGUAGAGGAGCUAAAAGAAGAGAAGCUGAGAAGAGCCAAAGCUUGGAUUGUUAAAUGGGGUCUUGUCUUCACUCUCCUCAUUGUUGUCAUCUGGCCAGUUCUCUCUCUCCCAGCACGUGUGUUUAGCAGAGGAUAUUUCUGGUUUUGGGCAAUUGUGGCUGUAGCUUGGGGAACUAUAGGAUCGAUUGUGAUAAUUGGUUUGCCUUUGAUUGAAAGCUGGGAAACGAUCAAGAGCGUUUGUAUGGGAAUGUUCACUAACGAUAGGUUAAUGAACAAGCUUGAUGACUUGAACCAUAGGCUUCAAGCUUUAACCAAGGCUGUACCAGAAGCUGAGAGGAUUUAUCUGCUAGAAAUCGAGAAGACUAAGAAAACCGAUGAAGAAAGUUAAAGUAAGAGCAAUAUGGUUGUAUAAAAGAUUGUGUGAUAUCAAAUCAGAACUAUAUUAGUUUCAAAAAAAAAAAAAAAAUCAGAACUAUAUCCUAUUGUUCAACGUGUUCCUCGUCUAAUGUACUAUGCACAUGCCUAAUUUGUUCUUAUUCCACUUGUCGUCCUUCCUUAAUUGGUUUGAUUUUUCUCCAUUUCGACACUUUUAAGCUGCACAUAUAUGAUCAAAUUCUGUUUGAUCGUUGCUGAUGAAAAAUAAAUUUGUAUACUUCUAAUGUAGAAUGCUGAUUUGUACGA